GACGUAUGUGACUGAUAUGAAGGCAGAAGAUAUAGAGGGAGAAGAAGAGACGUAUGUGACUGAUAUAAAGGCAGAAGAUAUAGAGGAAGAAGAAGAGACGUAUGUGACUGAUAUGAAGGCAGAAGAUAUAGAGGGAGAAGAAGAGACGUAUGUGACUGAUAUAAAGGCAGAAGAUCUAGAGGGAGAAGAAGAGACGUAUGUGAGGAGUGAUCAGCAGUGUAAGGAGGAGGAGAUCCCUACAGUUAUCAGCACAGAUGGACACACAAGCAGGAAUAUCUCAGAAGGACAUCUAAUGUUAUCCCCGGAUUGUGACAUAAAAGAUAAUGACAGUAGACAGGAUUCUCAAGGAGAUAACCCCAUUACCCCAAUUAUACAUCCAGCUCUAUCAGCUGAUCCCUCUGAUCCUGGGAAAUGUUCUUCUGAUCACUCUGAUAUUGGUGCAUCUGUUACAGCUCUGACAGUAGAUACAGUGUUUCCCUGUUCUAUAGAUGCCAAAUGUUUUACACAGAACACAAAGCCUAUUAACCCACACACAGGUAAGGCAGGUGAAAUGCCACUGAUAUGUUCUGAGUGUGGGAAAUGUUUUACACUGAAAUCACAUCUUGUUGUACAUCAGCGAAGUCACACAGGUGAGAAACCAUUUCCAUGUUCUGAGUGUGGGAAAUGUUUUACACUGAAAUCACAACUUGUUGCACAUCAGCGUAGUCACACAGGCGAGAAGUCAUUUCCGUGUUCUGAGUGUGGGAAAUGUUUUGCACACAAAUCAUAUCUUGUUACACAUCAAAGAAGUCACACAGGUGAAAGGCCAUUUUCUUGCUCUGAGUGUGGGAAAUGUUGUUUAUUUGAAUCACGUCUUGUUAUACAUCAGCGAAGUCACACAGGUGAGAAGCCAUUUUCUUGCUCUGAGUGUGGGAAAUGUUUUGCACACAAAUCAGCUCUAGUUAGACACAACAGAAGUCACACAGGUGAGAAGCCAUUUUCUUGUUCUGAGUGUGGGAAAUGUUUUACACAAAAAUCACAUUUUGUUACACAUCAGCAUCGUCACACAGGUGAGAAGCCAUUUUCUUGCUCUGAGUGUGGGAAAUGUUUUACAUCUAAAUCACAACUUGUUACACAUCAGCGAUGUCACACAGAUGAGAAGCCGUUUUCUUGCUCUGAUUGUGGGAAAUAUUUUACACGGAAAUCACAACUUAUUACACAUCAGAGAAGUCACACAGGUGAGAAGCCAUUUCCAUGUUCUGAAUGUGGGAAAUGUUUUGCACACAAAUCAGAUCUUGUUAAACAUCAGAGAACUCACACAUGUGAGAAUCCAUUUCCAUGUUCUGAGUGUGGGAAAUGUUUUACCCAGAAAUCAAGUCUUGUUACACAUCAGAGAAGUCACACAGGUGAGAAGCCAUUUUCCUGUUCUGAGUGUGGGAAAUGUUUUGCACGGAAAUCAGUUCUUAUUAAACAUCAGCGAAGUCACACAGGUGAGAAGCCAUUUCCAUGUUCUGAGAAAUCAGCUCUUAUUGCACACAAUAGACAUCACUCAGGUGAGGAACCAUUUUAAUCUUCUGGAGUAUACUCAUCAUUGCCAUGCGUUGUUCUUCAAGGUUUUUAUCCUAUCUUCUAUGCUUUUUGCAAUAUACAUGUUACCGCAGUGUGAAAUAAUCAGAUGUCAUGCCCUCAUCUACUGCUAUGCAGAUGACCUGUCUUUUGCUCCGGGUACUGAGAACCCAGUACCAUUCCUAAAUGGUUGUCUAGCUGAGCUCCAGGUGUGGGUGAUGCCAGUUGGCUGUGACUCAGUCCUGGUGAAACAGGUUCUUAUGAUAGAUGCUCACCAACAAAGGGCAGGGCUACAACUCAGCUUUGCAAACCAACCAGACUUACGCUUGGGGGUUCAGAGUUACAAAAUGCUGAUCCUGUGCGGAAUCUUGGUGUACUGGAUGGUGGAGUGACACUUAGACAUCAGGUAUCUGCCACAAUCAGAUCCUUAUGUGAGGAACAUAGCCAGACUCCAGCACUUAUUUCCCUCAGAAGAUCUACCUACAGUCAUACAUGCACUUGUAUCAUCACGCAUAGAGUACUGCAAUGUCCUCUACCUGGGUCUCCCAGCAAAAUAAUUGCACCGUUUGUAGCUUGUACAGAAUGCAGCAGCCAGGCUGUUACCUAACCAGCUCGUUCCUGCCACAUAACACCCAUUCUCUACUCCCUUCACCGGCUGCCCGUAAGAUGGGGACUCUAUUACAUAAUCUUACUGACUCUCCCAGCCCUACAUGACCAGGGACCAUGGUACCAGAAGCAGCUUCUGCCUCCUUACUGCCCUGCUUGCUUCCAUCUGCAGAUGGACUAUUACCAGCAGUGCCAAAAAUCCCCAAGAAGUUCUGAGAUGCCAGGGAUGAGACAGGGUUGUGGUACUAGUGCUGUAGCGGGGGCUGCUGGAGGCACUGUCUUUGGGUAAUAUUGUCCCCAAGCAGUGCUAAGGUGUCAGAGGGGAGACAGGGCAGUGACAGUAUUGGGGGAGACAGGGAGGUGGCAGUAGUGGGAGAG